UGGAUUUGUGGACUAUGUAGUCCAGUGAGGAGGCCUCCGACAGCGCUUCGCUGGAAUCGAAACGGCAUCUCCCACAAUCCAACGGGCGAUACAAACUGCUGCAUGCGCACGGCUAGAGGCGGAGCUGCUAUAUAAACACGAGCUCCCUCUUCUUGAGCAGCACACUGGACACUGUUGUGACGGUGAAACGCCGUCUCCGAGUGAACGACAGCGUUGACAGCAUCGAAACAGUUAAUGGUAGUUAGCGACAGUUGCUCUGACAAACCCUUGGAGGAGUAGCAAGUGUUUACUGUUCAGAAGUUUACUUUUAAUUUUACGAGAGUUUGUUCUUUUACACGUAAGAACUCAAACUUUCUUUAGUGAUUUCGGCUCAUUCUGGAAAACGUAUAUUUUUGUUUAAAUUGAGUUUAACGUCUUUUAACGAACUUUGGAGCUCACUUUUGAGAGCGUGAAUAUGAUGUAAAAUUGGCUAAAAGCGGAGCCAUCAGAGCGGAACAUCAGGAUGACAGAGCCAGCGGAGCAGACCCAUCACCUGAAAACUUCAGGCAGCCCAUCAGGUGGGAGCAGCGGAGACGCGUUGGAGCAUCUCCCAGCCAGGAGCCGUGGAGGACCGGAGAACGGCAACAGGGGGCGACAGAGAGACCACAAGCAGCAGCAGCAGCGGCAGCGGGCGGAGAACUGUGGGGAUAUCAACACAGACAAGUUAUGGCAAAUGAAAGGCGGACAGAGGGAGGUGUGCCCUGCCUUAGCAGCCGGAAACGAGCUUUCAAAGUGCCCGACUGCAGCCCAGCCUCACCAGAAGCCCAAUCUUCUUGCAGCGGGUGAGGGUCAUCACCUCACACAGGGGAAAAACGGCGAAGACAGACCCCUGGAGAAGACUUUAAACCAAGAGGACAGUCACAUCGACUCCGACACUGGCUUAGAUGCGCGCCUGGGCAAAAAGAGGCACAGGCGCAGGACCUCCAGGAAGAAGCGCAACUGGAAGCCUUAUUCACAACUUUCCUGGGAUGAGAGGAAAGCCCUGGAUGAGAGAGAGACAGCCAGGGCUUCCCGUUUGAGAGAGGAGAUGUUCGCCAAAGGGCUCCCAGUGGCCCCCUACAACACCACCCAGUUCCUGAUGGACGAGCACGACCGAGAGGAGCCCGACCUCAACACCGAGACCGGGGUCAGGCGGCCGUCAGGGGUCGGCAUCCGCAUGGAGGAUACGGGCAGCGAGGAGGACCUCUUCGACAACGAGGAAGAGGAAGAUGAUGACGGCAGCGGCGGGGGCAGCGACGGCAUCGGGAGGGCCGGUAACGCAGGUGGGGAGUUUCUCCAGAGAGACUUUUCCGAGACCUACGAGAUGUACCACGUCGAGAGCCUGCAGAAUAUGACCAAGCAGGAGCUGGUGCAAGAGUACCUGGAGCUGGAGAAGUGCAUGUCCCGGCUGGAGGAGGAGAACAACCAGCUGAGGCGCGCCGUGGAGCCCGGGGGUCCGACCGUGGAGAGCUCCCUGGUCCGGCUCAGAGAGCUGGAGAGGGAACUGGAGAGACUGAAAGCUCAAAACACGGAGCUCCUCCUGCAGAACCAGCCGAGCAAUGACCGGGGCCAAGUCGCCACCAAUUAAAGGACAUGAUUCAAGAGGGGAACACCCCCUUUUCAAAAAGGUAAAACAUGGGACUGCUGCAUUUAUAUAUAUUAAAAAAAAAAAAAAAUUUGUCAUCAGUUUUCUGUAAUCAGUUUGUCAUUUGGACGAUGAGUCCUUGCAUUGCAAUGCAAUACUUGACGUUUCUUUUCUAUUUGGACUGUAAGGGUGUCCUGUUAUUUUUUUUUUCCAAGAAGAAAUGUAAAUAUUUCAAAAUUAAGAUUCUUUUUAUAAAGAGAAUGUAUUUGACAAUGAGAA